CAUCAGCCAAUCCGCGUCAAUGCAAAGCACAGUUCAGAAUAGGGUUGUCACAAUACUCCGCUUCAAUAGCAGCGGAAGCGUGAUUGGCGAUGCAUGAUGAGUUGAAAGACUAUUCAAGGUCGUCCAGGUAGGCAAUCAAUGUUUAUCCGUUAUUCUCCAAUCUCUGCACCAAACAGCGUCCGCCCAUAAUGGCAACUGCGAAGACGCUUGAACCCGACAGCGUUGCUCGCUUCUGUCGCCAGUACCUUCAACUCGAACGUGAGCUUGACUUUCCCGAGUCGAGUCUGCUUCGAGAGGAACUCAUUCAAUCCACAAUCUAUGACAGCAUCUUUGCCGAUGGGGCUGUCCCAUAUCCUCCACCUCCGCGCUAUCAGCUCCGAGUCCUCAAGGAGCUCGUGUCAAGGAUCGAGAACAGCAUUGAAGAUUGGGAACAGCAUGGAGUGUCGGACGACUUGAUGGGGCGUUUCUCUGAAUUCCUUGCAUCUCCACUUCCAUCUGAGGCCGACGCUGCUCAGCAGAAGUCCUAUGUCACCUACUACUUGUCUCUGCUCAGUGGAGUGGACCAAGUAGAGUCUCACGCCUCACCGGACAUCACGCUCCUUGAGUCGCGCAGCCUGAUUUCUGCCUCUGGCACCACCGGACUCAGAACAUGGGAAGCUGCACUUCAUCUGGGACAGUAUCUCUCCAGGAACCCCACCCUGAUAAAAGGCAAAGGUGUCCUGGAACUGGGUGCAGGAACUGGUUACAUCUCGAUACUGUGUGCCAAAUAUCUGUCUCCUCGUCAAGUGAUUGCCUCUGAUGGCUCGGAUGAUGUUGUCGCCAACCUUCCAGAGAACUUCUUCGUCAAUGGCCUUCAAGGUUCCGGCAUCAUCACCGCCAUGGAUCUGAAAUGGGGAUAUGCUCUGGUAGGCACGGAAGAAGCAGCUUGGAAUGGUGGCAAGCCGAUUGAUGUCGUCCUUGGAGCAGAUGUCACCUACGAUGAGAGUGUCAUACCGUCACUGGUCGGUGUCAUUGGCGAGUUGUUUGAUUUGUACCCAGCUGUCAAGAUCCUGAUAGCUGCGACGGAGAGAAAUCGUAAGACUUAUGAAGCUUUUUUACGCGUAUGCGAGCAAAGGGGGUUCAAGGUUCGGGAAAUUGAGUUCGAUCUGCCACAGAGGCAAUCGCAGACAGGCCCGUUCUACAACGACCAAGUACCUAUCAGGAUCUGUGAGAUCGCAACUGCCUAAUAGCAUGAUUGUCAAGAUUAUACCACAAGCCCAGGCCAUGUUUGCUUUGAAGCUCAAUUCAGUGUCCAGUCAACAGCUUAAUGCCAAUGUCGGCGUUUCCCUGAGCAAUGGGUAUGUCGUAUUGGUAUGUGGGGUAUCGACAGCAUCACACUGUGACCUCUAAAGGAAGCUGGCAAUCGAAAUAUUGUCAAGGCUACAAUAAGUCAGCUUCUUGG